CCCUGCCUUCUCCGCGUGACCCGGCGGCGCGAUGGCGGCUGCGGCAGAGCGCACCGACGAGCUGGUGCGGGAGUAUCUGCUCUUCCGCGGCUUCACCAGCACUUUGAAGCAGCUGGACGCGGAGAUCAAGGCGGACAAGGAGAAGGGCUUCCGGGUGGAUAAAAUAGUGGAUCAACUUCUACAGUUCGUUCACAGCUAUGAUCUGGCUGCCCUCAGGGAUUAUUGGAGUUAUCUCGACAGGCGUCUUUUUAGCCGAUUGGAGGAUGUGUACCGGCCAACAGUGAACAAGCUGAAAAUCAGUUUAUACCGCUACUACCUCGUUCACACUGUGCAGACAAACAGGAAUGAUAAGACACAAGAGUUCUUUCUCAAGCAAGCUGCUGAACUUCAAAACCAAGCCGAGUGGAAGGACUGGUUUGUUCUGCCCUUUAUCCCGAGCCCAGAAACAAACCCUAUCUUUGCCUCAUAUUUUUCCCGCCAGUGGGCAGAUACUUUCAUUGUGUCCCUGCACAACUUCUUGAGUGUUGUAUUUCAGUGCAUGCCCGUACCAGUAAUCUUGAAUUUUGAGACGGAGUGUCAGAGGAGUAAUCUCCUUCAGGAAGAAAAUGAAAUCCUACGCCAGAAGCUCUUUGCCUUGCAGGCAGAACACUCCCGGCUCAAGAAAGAGGAACAGCAGCAGCAGCAGCAGCAGCAACAAGAGGAGGAGGAAUUGAUACUGCAACACAAGUUACCUUCCUAUGUGGCAAACAUGGACCAUCUGGGGGAUACAGAGCUUGACAUGACAUGUAGCCAAAGGAAUACGGCUCAUUCUCUCCAGGCUCGAGGAGGAUUCCUGUCUUCCUUGUUGUCCCAAGGCAAAAAAGGGGCUUCUAGAACUCCACAGACAACAGGAAUUGCAUCAACGCAGACCGUCCUGACUCCUCCAGGGAAGAAAGAGCAAUCAAGCCAACAUAGCAUCAAAGGGAAGGAAACGGCAACCAGCUGCAGGGAAUCAAAAAGUCAUUUCAGUAGCCUGUUGACAACAGAGUCCAGCUCAGUUCAACAGCGUCAGAGGCGCCUGCAGGACCACGGGAAGGAAAGGAAAGAGCUCUUGUCCAAAACAACUUCCCAGGGGCAGAAUGUUGAGAAGAAGAGUGAACCUGUUACUACUGAACAAGACCCAUCCCCUGAAAUGCCACCCGAACAAGCCGAAACCCUGACAAAAGCUUUUGGGUCUAGCAGUGAUGCUGGAGCCAUCAGACAGGAACAGCCAUUCAUUGUCUUAAGCCAGGAAGAGUAUGGAGAACACCACUCAUCCAUCAUGCAUUGCCGGGUUGAUUGUUCUGGUCGAAGAGUGGCCAGCCUGGAUGUGGAUGGAGUAAUCAAGGUCUGGUCUUUCAACCCCAUGAUGCAGACAAAAGCUUCCUCCAUUUCCAAGUCCCCCCUGCUCUCUCUAGAAUGGGCAACCAAACGGGACAGAUUGUUGUUGCUUGGUAGUGGAGUUGGAACUGUUCGUCUUUAUGACACUGAGGCGAAAAAGAACCUUUGUGAAAUCAGUAUUGAUGAAGAUAUGCCCAGAAUCCUCUCCCUUGCGUGCAGCCCAAGCGGGGCUUCCUUUGUGUGUUCGGCAGCAGCAUCUGGCCUUGUCAACCAGUUAGACUACACAGCUCCUGAUUCGGGAGGGAAAGGUGCAAAUCAAGUCCCGGGGAAACUGCUUCUCUGGGACACAAAAACCAUGAAGCAGCAGCUCCAGUUUUCCCUUGAGCCAGAGCCCAUUGCUAUAAACUGCACAGCCUUCAACCACAAUGGGAAUCUGUUGGUCACUGGAGCAGCAGAUGGCGUCAUCCGUCUCUUUGAUAUGCAGCAGCACGAAUGUGCAAUGAGUUGGAUGGCUCAUGAUGGGGAGGUGUAUUCAGUUGAAUUCAGCUAUGAUGAGAAUGCCGUUUAUAGUAUUGGAGAAGAUGGGAAGUUUAUUGAAUGGAACAUUCACAAAAGUGGCUCGAAAGUGUCUGAAUAUGCCCUUCCCAGAGAUGCCACCGGUCCCUUUGUGUUAUCUGGCUACAGUGGAUACAAGCAAGUCCAGUUCCCGCGUGGACGUCUUUUUGCCUUUGACUCUGAGGGAAACUACAUGCUGACCUGCUCUUCCACUGGGGGUGUCAUCUACAAGCUGAAUAGCAAUAACAAGGUCCUGGAGAGCUGCCUCUCCCUCGGGGGACACAGGGCCCCGGUGGUCACAGUGGACUGGUGCACAGCUAUGGAUUGCGGGACCUGCCUCACAGCCUCCAUGGAUGGGAAGAUCAAACUAACCACUUUACUGGCACAGAAGUCUUAAGGGAGGCUGUGGUGCUAGAAAAGCACAAAAUACGGACUUGGGGUGGAGAUGGGGAGUCAACCAGUAUUAACCAUUUAGAAUCAAGCAGCUGUGGAGAGGAAAGAGCAAUCCAACCACUUGUCUUAACGUUGCUUUCUCCUCUAGGUCAGAAACCUUUUUUUUUUUAAAAAAAAGAUGUUGAUGCCAAACCACUGCCAGUUAAGAGUUUCAGUUACAGUAUUUCCCUCAAAUAAGGGAUGCUCUUAUCAGGCAUGCACUGAUCCCAAACUCCUUUUGAAGAGGACCAACACUGAAAGAGAAAGAAAGAGAUAUUUUUUUCCCUUGGGCCUGCCAUACUACGUGGACUUAACGCUCCAGGACUAUUUUGAGAGGCUGCAGAUUUGCAGUGGUUCCAGCAAAGGGGGCAGGGAAGCCCAGCAGUAUUCUGUCUGUUCCUGCAUUUCUUAUGAAAAUAAAUGUUGGACUGCA